GUGUUUGAGAGCUCCCCCGGGGCGAAACCCAAACGUUCCAUCGUGUUGCUAGGCAACGCCGGCAUGGGCAAAAGCACGCUCAUCAAGAAGCUCUGCGUUGAUUGGUCCGACGGCCUCCUGCCUCAGUUUGACUUUGUGUUCUUACUGGACGGUAAGGCUCUGACCCUCCCCCCUGAGCCGACCUAUAGCCUUCGGUCCCUCCUCCUACACCUCUCCUGCCCCCACCCACGGGAUGUCUUCAGUCAGGUCCUCUCUGUCCCGGAGCGUGUGCUGGUGAUAUUCGAUGGCUUCGAGGUGGUGCGUGACUUGGAGGGCCUGCUUCAGUCUCCAGCGGAUGACAGUGAAGGGGAGAACUACAGCGUUAGACAGCUGUUCUCAGGUCUGCUCCAGAGGAAGCUGCUACCAGGCUGCUCUCUGCUCCUCUCUGCCCGACCACGAGGCACCGUCAGUGGGCUGCUGAGACGGGCUGACAGCCUCCUGGAACUCUCUGGCUUCUCCCCUCCGGACAUCGAGAGAUACCUGGGACAAUACUUCUCUGGACAGUCCCUAGAGGCCCCAACCUCAGUCCUAGACUCAAUCCCAGUCCCAACCUCAGUCCUAGCACCAGCCCCAGUCCCAGUCCCAACCUCAGUCCUAGCACCAGUCUCAGUCCCAGUCCCAUUCCCAGUCUCAGUCUCAGUCUCAGUCCCAGUCUCAGUCUCAGUCUCAGUCCCAGUCCCAGUGCCAGCCUCAGUCCCAACCUCAGCCUCAGUCCCAGUCCCAACAUCAGUCCCAGACUCAGUCCCAGUCCCAGCCUCAGCCUCAGCCUCAGUCCUAGUCCCAGUCCCAACCUCAGUCCCAGUCCCAGUCCCAGUCCCAGUCCCAGUCCUAGCCCUCACCAGGCUCCACAGCCAGCCGUACCUUCUGUCUGUGUGUUGGAACCCAGCUCUGUGUCACAUGGUCUGUCUGCUUCUAGAACACUGGGAUGUUUCAGAGCCACUCCCCUCCACGCUGACUGGACUGUGUUACAGGGUGUUGCUACUAAAGAUGAGACGACACACCCGGAAAUGCACACGCUGUCAAACCCUACCCCAAACUCCAACCCAGGCACACACUCACACCCUUAAACACAGUCAAAAACACACCCUGAAACACACACACGGUCAAACCCUACCCCAAACUCCAACCCAGGCACACACUCACACCCUUAAACACAGUCAAAAACACGUCCUUAAACAGACACACUGUCAAACCCUACCCCAAACUCAAACCCAGGCACACACUCACACCCACAGUCAAAAACACACCCUGAAACACACACACUGUCAAACCCUACCCCAAACUCAAACCCAGGCACACACUCACACCCUUAAACACAGUCAAAAACACACCCGGAAACACACACGCAACUGGACACGAACACACAUCCGCACUCGCUCUCACACUCAAUCCCAAAUUCAAUUAGAAGACGAGAAGAGGAGGAUAGAGACGAGAGAGGAGGAAGAGAGGGAGAGAGGGGAGAAGAGGGAGGAGGAAGAGAGAGAGAGGGAGGAUGGAGAGAAAGAGAGAGAGGAGAAGAGGGAGGAGGAAGAGAGAGAGAGGGAGGAGGGAGAGGAAGAGAGAGAGGAGAAGAGGGAGGAGGAAGAGAGAGAGAGGGAGGAGGGAGAGGAAGAGAGAGAGAGGGAGGAGGGAGAGGAAGAGAGAGAGGAGAAGAGGGAGGAGGAAGAGAGAGAGAGGGAGGAGGGAGAGGAAGAGAGAGAGAGGGAGGAGGGAGAGAAAGAGAGAGAGGAGAUGAGGGAGGAGGAAGAGAGAGAGAGGGAGGAGGGAGAGGAAGAGAGCGAGAGGGAGGAGGAGGGAGAGGAAGAGAGAGAGAGGGAGGAGGGAGAGGAAGAGAGAGAGAGGGAGGAGGAAGAGAGAGAGAGGGAGGAGGGAGAGGAAGAGAGAGAGGAAGAGAACAUGUGUGUUCUGUCAGAGUUGAGCGGUCUGGCUUGGCAGGGGGUUAAAGGUCAUUCAUCUCUCCUGACCCUGACUCUGGACAAUACCGUCUGUGUCAAGCUGCGGUUGUUUGGCCUGAGGACUGGACUGGUCCAUUCUCACUGGCUGAGGGGGGAGCAGGGCAGAGAUGGUGGCGGUGGCGGCGUGAGUUCCGACAAGAUCCUGUCCUGGGCCCACCCUUUCCUGCAAAGCUUCCUGGGCGGGGCCCACCUGUCCGUCUCCAGCUGUGUGUCUGACCGCGCUCUGCUGGCCCAGAUACUACCACAGCCCAGGGGGAGGCGACGGCCUCAGGGAGAGUGUCUGGACCUUGCUCAGCGAUUCGCUGUCGGGCUGCUUUUCCGGAACAAUGUGGAACUCCGGGAUCUGGCCACCCUGGAUACCGGUGCCAUGAAAGUGGUGGCGGCCAAGCGAGCCGCUGUGAUAUCACACCUGGAGAACCUUCACCAUGGCGACCUGAGCCCCGCUCGGCUCCUGGAGGCGUGUCACUGCGUUUACGAGACGGGCGACGUCCGCUUGGUCAGGCACCUGGUACGGAACCUUCCCGAGGUCCUGUCGUUCCAAGGGAUUCCGCUGUGCCCCGCCGACGCCUUCGUAGUGUGGAAACUUUUGGACCAGUGUAGAACGCUGAGGAGGAGGUUCUGUCUGGGGCUGGAGGACACAGGACUGAGGAUGACAGGAUUAAAACUACUGACGGGUCUCAACAACAUACACUCAUACAGGGCGUGUAUCGCUGACACCAUCACUCUGUGGGAGGAGCUAGAGCAGAGUGGGGAGGAGGAGCUUCUGAAAGCGACUGUGUCCAAGUUGACCCUUAACCCUUUCAGAGCCACACAGGUGUCCCACGUCCAACACCUGUCCACACUGGUCAACAUACACACAGGCAGGAGACUGUCUGAGAGCCAAUCAGAUGGUGUCCUGGGGGAGGGUCUACCGGCAGUCAGAGAUCUUCACAAGCUGGAGUUUGAGUUGGGGCCAGUGAAUGGUCCUCUGGCGUUCCCUAAACUCCUGGAGCUGCUGCCGGCCCUGCACAGUCUACAUCACCUGGAUCUGGAGAACAGUAAACUGGGGGACAGUGGGGCUGAGGGGCUGGCUGGAGCGGUGCUGUCUCUCUCCUCUCUGCAGAUUAUCAAUCUGUCCCAGAACUGUAUAGGAGACCAGGGAAUAGGGAGUCUGGCUCCUGCUCUGUCUACCCUCCCCUCACUACACUGUCUCAGUCUGUACAGUAAUGUGAUAUCUGACGGGGGUGCUGAGAGUCUGGCUGCUGUUUUACCUCAGAUGACAUCACUCAGUGACCUGGAUGUCAAGUACAACAGUUUCACGGCCCUGGGAGCUCAGAGUCUGACUUCCAGUCUGAGGGACUGUCCAUGGAUCAAGAGUCUGGGGAUGUGGAAUGUGUGUAUUCCCUACGGAGUGUUAGAGAGACUGCAACAACAGGACCCACGGAUACAGCUGCUCUAGAACAUUGUUCUAAUGUUGUUCUAACAGAACCCAAGAGGAUACAGCUGCUCUAGAACAUUGUUCUGUUGUUCUAACAGAAGCCCAGAGGAUAUAGCUGCUCUAGAACAUUGUUAUGUUGUUCUAACAGAACCCCAGAGGAUACAGCUGCUCUAGAACAUUGUUCUGUUGUUCUAACAGAACCCCAGAGGAUACAGUCACUCCUAGAACAGGAUUAUGAUAUACAACUGCUCUGGAACUGUCAGCAAGGUUAGGAAUACAGAACCACUCUAGAACAUUGUUCUAACAGGAUUAUGAUAUACAACAGAACAUGGUCUCUGAGGUUCAACCAUGCAGGAUUAGAGUGAAGCCCUAUAAAAACUUUCCCUUGAAGCUGAAGCUUAAAUGACUAGAAGGGAUCUAUGUCAUAAACCCUCAAAGUUCCAGAAUGGGGUGGAAAAUGGCAGCCAUCUUGGUCAGGGAGAAAUCCCAAAGCCCAGUCUAAUUGGAAUGAUUGACAGGAGAGGCAUCAUCCUGGCUUUACUGUGCAGGAAAAUGACAUGUGAUAUCAGACAUUUUGUAAUAGAAUUAUAGUCAACCUAAAAUAAUAUAAUAUAAUUAUAAAUACAGUUUAUACAGGGUUUAAACACAUUUUUUCUGUAUAAAUAACCUCUAAAAUAUAUGUAAACAAACAUUUUCUGUGUUCCAGGACACCACUGUUCUGUGUUCCUGGACACCACUGUUCUGUGUUCCUGGACACCACUGUUCUGUGUUCUGUGUUCCUGGACACCACUGUUCUGUGUUCCUGGACACCACUGUUCUGUGUUCCUGGACACCACUGUUCUGUGUUCCUGGACACCACUGUUC